UUAGGAAUUAAGCUAUGGAUGGUUGCUUGAGGAUUCACAAUACAGUUUCUACUACAAUUACAAGCCCAGUUUUUUCGAAAAAGUCUGCAAAUUUCAGAGUUUUCACUGUUAAAUGCUCUUCAGAUGGUGCACUUUCUGGUGUGGCUGAAAGACCUUGGAAGGUAGCAGAUGCUAGACUUGUCCUCGAGGAUGGUUCCAUUUGGAAGGCAAAAUCAUUUGGUGCUCGUGGAACCCAAGUUGGAGAAGUGGUUUUUAAUACCUCUUUAACUGGGUAUCAGGAGAUAAUUACAGAUCCCAGUUAUGCGGGCCAGUUUGUCUUGAUGACUAACCCUCAUAUCGGGAAUACUGGGGUCAAUUUUGGCGAUGAAGAAUCGAUGCAGUGCUUUCUUGCAGGAUUAGUCAUUAGAAGCUUAAGUAUCAGCACCUCAAAUUGGAGAUGCAAAGAGACACUUGGUGACUAUUUGGCUGAAAGGAACAUCAUGGGUAUAUAUGAUGUUGACACUCGAGCAAUUACACGAAGAUUGAGAGAAGACGGUAGCCUCAUUGGAGUAUUGAGCACAGAAAAUUCAAAAAGUGACGAAGAACUUCUUGAAAUGUCCCGUACAUGGGACAUUGUGGGUGUGGAUCUAAUCAGUGGUGUUUCAUGCAAAUCUCCUUACGAAUGGAUUGAUAGAACUGCCUCAGAUUGGGAGUUUAAUGAUAAUGGAAGAAAUAAAGAAACUUACAAUGUCGUUGCAUAUGAUUUUGGAAUCAAGCAUAAUAUACUUCGGCGCUUAGCAUCCUACGGCUGUAAAAUCACUGUUGUUCCUUCAACAUGGCCAGCAUCUGAAACUCUGAAGAUGAAACCUGAUGGAGUUCUUUUCAGCAAUGGGCCAGGAGAUCCCUCUGCAGUUCCCUAUGCAGUCGAAGCAGUAAAAGAAAUUAUUGGAAAAAUUCCUAUUUUUGGCAUUUGUAUGGGUCACCAGUUGCUUGGUCAAGCAUUGGGGGGUAAAACAUUCAAAAUGAAAUUCGGCCAUCAUGGAGGAAACCAUCCAGUUCGAAACCUUCGAAAUGGCUGUGUUGAGAUCAGUGCCCAGAAUCACAACUAUGCUGUUGACCCCAAGUCUCUUCCAGAGGGUGUAGAGGUGACUCAUGUAAAUUUAAAUGAUGGAAGUUGUGCUGGUCUUGCCUCAUCUAAAAUGAAGCUGAUGUCACUUCAAUACCAUCCCGAGGCAUCUCCAGGACCUCAUGAUUCAGAUAUUGUGUUUGGAGAGUUUAUACAACUUAUGAACCAAGAAAAAGUGAAGGCAUAAGCCACAAUUGUGCAGAGGCUGAAGCAAU